AUGGUGUCAGACGCCCUGAUGGUGGAAUUACAGAUAGUAGUGUGCUUUUAUGUGAACUGGAAUUGGAACUUGGAUGCUCUGAAAGAAUUUUCAGUGCCCUUAGCUGCUAAGGAUGCCGUGACCUAUAAUGAUGUGCAUAUCAACUUCACUCAGGAGGAGUGGGCAUUGCUGGAUCUUUCACAGAAGAAUAUCUACAAAGAUAUGAUGCUGGAGACAUAUAUGAACCUCACUACUAUAGGAUACAAUUGGGGAAAUCUUGAAGUUGAAGAACAUUGUCAAAGCUCUCAAAGACAUGAAAGACCUGAAAGAAGUCAAACUGGAGAGAAACCAUAUGAAUGUAAUCAAUGUGGUAAAGCCUUUCCUCAUCAUAGUACUCUUCAUUUGCAAAAAAGAAGACAUACUAGAGAGAAACUCUAUGAACAUAAUCAGUGUGGGAAAGCCUUUGCACAACACAGUACUUUUCAAGUGCUUGAAAGUACAGAUAUUGGAGAGAAACUGUAUGAAUGUAAUCAGUGUGGUAAAGCCUUUGCUCAAAACAGUGUUCUUCAAAGGCAUGAAAGAACCCACACUGGAGAGAAACCCCAUGAAUGUAAACAGUGUGAUAAAUCCUUUGCACAUAACAGACAUCUUCAAAGGCAUAUAAGAGCACACACUGGAGAGAAACCAUAUGAAUGCAAUCACUGUGGUAAAGCCUUUGCAGAUCAUAGUCAUCUUCAAAGGCAUGAAAGAACACAUACUGGAGAGAAACCUUAUGAAUGCAAUCAUUGUGGUAAAGCCUUUGUAGAUCAUAGUCACCUUCAAAGGCAUGAAAGAACACACACUGGAGAGAAACCCUAUGAAUGUAAACAGUGUGAUAAAUCCUUUGCACAUAACAGACAUCUUCAAAGGCAUAAAAGAACACAUACUGGAGAGAAUCCCUAUGAAUGUAAUCACUGUGGUAAAGCCUUUGCAGAUCAUAGUCACCUUCAAAGGCAUGAAAGAACACAUACUGGAGAGAAACCCUAUGAAUGCAAUUACUGUGGUAAAGCCUUUGCAGAUCAUAGUCACCUUCAAAGGCAUGAAAGAACACACACUGGAGAGAAACCCUAUGAAUGUAAACAGUGUGAUAAAUCCUUUGCACAUAACAGACAUCUUCAAAGGCAUAAAAGAACACAUACUGGAGUGAAUCCCUAUGAAUGUAAUCACUGUGGUAAAACCUUUGCAGAUCAUAGUCAUCUUCAAAGGCAUGAAAGAACACAUACUGGAGAGAAACCCUAUGAAUGCAGUCACUGUGGUAAAGCCUUUGCAGAUCAUAGUCACCUUCAAAGGCAUGAAAGAACACACACUGGAGAGAAACCCUAUGAAUGUAAACAGUGUGAUAAAUCCUUUGCACAUAACAGACAUCUUCAAAGGCAUAAAAGAACACAUACUGGAGAGAAACCAUAUGAAUGCAGUCACUGUGGUAAAGCCUUUGCAGAUCAUAGUCACCUUCAAAGGCAUGAAAGAACACAUACUGGAGAGAAACCCUAUGAAUGCAAUCACUGUGGCAAAGCCUUUGGAGAUCAUAGUCAUCUUCAAAGGCAUGAUAGAACACAUACUGGAGAGAAACCCUAUGAAUGCAAUCACUGUGGUAAAGCCUUCGCAGAUCACAGUCACCUUCAAAGGCAUGAAAGAACACAUACUGGAGAGAAACCCUAUGAAUGUAAUCUGUAUGGUAAAGCCUUUGCAGAUCACAGUAAUUUUAAAACACAUGAAAUAACACAUACUGGAAAGAAACCCUAUGAAUAUAAUCUGUGUAAUAAAGCCUUUGCAUAUCAUAGUUAUCUUCAAAUAUAUAAAAGGAGACAUACAGGAGAGAAACCCUAUAAAUGUAACCAAUGUGUUAAAGCCUUUGCACAACACAGAUAUCUUCAAAGCCAUAAAAGAACACAUACUGGAGAGAAACCAUAUGAAUGUAAUCAAUGUAGUAAAGCCUAUGAACAUCAAAGUCAUCUUCAAAGGCAUGCAAAAAUACAUACUGGAGAGAAAACCUAUGAAUGUAAUCAAUGUGGUAAAGCCUUUGCAGAUCACAGUCAUUUUAAAGCACUUGAAACAAUGCAUGCUGUAAAGAAACCCUUUGAAUGUAAUCUGUGUAAUGAAGCCUUUGUACAUUACAGUCAUCUUCAAAGGCAUACAAGAACACAUACUGGAAUGAAACCCUAUGAAUGUAAUCAGUGUAGUAAAACCUUUUCACAUCACAGUUGUCUUCAAUUUGUGUAUCACCCAUUCCAUUGCUUCUCGGCCUUUGUUAGCGUUGGAAGAUGUGGUGCUUGCCAUGAGUCCUUCAAGGUAGCUGCCGAGGCUGACUCCUUUCAUGGUGAUGAUGGCUUCCUAAGUCAGGACAGUUUUCUCUGGGUCCUGGGGUGCGGCCUGUGUGUGAGCCUCUCGUCUACGGAGACCAUAUUUGUAAAUGAGAUGUUAGUGGACUUCAGCUCCAUUGUCUUUCUUACCGGGUCAACUACAGAGUGCUCUUGCACGUACGUUUUUGUACUUGCAGAACCAAUAAGGGACUUCACAAUGGAAGCUGGCCGGCCUCACAGCCAUAACAGUGAUCUUAAAGUGCAUAAAAGAAUACAUACUGCAGAUAAACCCUAUGAAUGUAAACAUUGUGAUAAAGCCUUUGCUCAAAACAAUGUUCUUCAAAUGCAUGAAAGAACACAUACAGGAGAGAAACCAUGUGAAAGUAAUCAGUGUGGUAAAGCCUUUGCACAUCACAAUUAUCUUCAAAGGCAUACAAGAACUCAUACUGCAAUGGAAUCCUACAAAUGUAAUCAGUGUGGUAAAGAAUUUGAACGUCACAGUAAUCUUAGAAUACAUAAAAGAACACAUACAGAAGAAGAACCCUACAAGAGUAAUACUAUUAGUGUAUAA